GACACUAGCUGAGGGUCGAUAAUCACGGAAGUGAACGAGUUACAGUAGGUGCAGCUGUAUACAGGAUACUCCACGAUCUGAUUGUCUGCAGAUGUAGCUAGACUACACUACAAUGUGCUAGGCAUCUCUCGAUCCUUGUGUCUACUGGGAGAGCUUGGAAUGGACAUUGUGAUCCUUUGUAGUUGUAGGCACAAUAAUCUCUCAGAUUCCCUGUAGGUGAAGGCCGAAAUGUCCGGGUGGGGACAAUAUCUGGCCAGGUUCACCUAUGACCUUAUCUUCUUUAGCAAUGACGUCCAAACAACCACCAUCGCCAUGGCAAUCACAGGUUCCCUGUGUUGUUCCAUCCUGUGGGCCAUCAUCCAUGUCGUCACACUCAUCCAUAACCCUUCUGUAAACAGUGACCCAAAGUCUGCCGCCACCACACCCACUGAGUUAGCUCCCCUGCAUGGCUUGACCCAGAUGACCCAGAGAUCACUGAUGAGCACCUGCCUAGAUGUUGUGUGUAUCAGAUGUGGUCGCCUGAUGUCGAACCAGAAGUGUCGGUAUGGGAUGUGCUCCGGAUGUUGCCUGGGGCGACAGCAGUGUCGUGUGCAUCAGCCUCAGGUCAUGUCAGACUCAGUCAGUAUGGGGCUCCGAAUCUCUGGCCCUAAAGGAAUCGAUCUCAGCAACAGCUGUAUGGGCAGUGUCCCUGAGCGUCUAGGAUUUGUCGGUGCCCAGCUGACCUACCUCAACCUGUCCUGCAACAGUCUCACCCAACUCCCACCAGAUAUCGGCUGUCUCCAGGGGCUGCGAGAACUACAGCUCAAUGGCAAUCAGCUCACCCACAUUCCAUCCUCAUUAGGGAGUCUACAUCAGCUGACAGAGCUGAAUCUACGACACAACCAGCUGACUGACAUUCCAGAUUCUCUUCUACACCUGCCUAGUCUGAAACACCUGAAUGUGGAGCACAACCAGCUGACCAAUCUGUCCCCAGGGAUCAGUCAUCUCUUGCUCCUGGAGGAGCUCUACAUAGGAUAUAACUGUCUCACAUCUUUACCAAGUGCAAUAGGAAAACUUUUUAAUUUAAAGGUGCUGUCUGUCCGCCAUAACAAGAUGGCCACCAGUCUACCCAAAAGUAUUGGUCAGCUGAUCUGUCUCCAGCAGCUGGACGUAGAGGACUGUGAUUUGUCGUGCCUGCCGUCCACCUUAGGGAGAUGCAUGUCACUGCACACACUCAAGCUGUGUCACAACAGACUGAGUUACCUCCCCUACCAGCUGGCUCAGCUGCAGCAGCUGCAAGAGUUGUAUGUGACGGACAACCGUCUUUCAUCAUUCCCAGCUGCCAUGGAAAACAUGGCAAUCAAAAUGUUUGAAGUUUCAGGCAACCCUCUAAUCACAGGGGAUACUGCUGUUAUUUCAUCCAAUGAAACGACACCAACAGGGGUCUUAACAUUCCCUCCUCUCGUUGAAAUAGUUGCCCGGCAAAUAGUAUUAAAGAAAAUAGGACGCCGCCAUCUUCUUCCUGAAUUCUUGCAAGAUUUCCUGCACACCAGGAAGCAGUGCAGCCAUUGUAAACAACCUGUUUUCCACUAUCACCACACAACAAUCCGCCAUGGAAUCAUCGGAACAUACCGCAUCAAGGUGCCUCUCAAAGAAACUCUGUGUGCUCCCCAUCUGGCCAACAAAUGUCCAGUUUUGUGAAAAAACUUGCUACAAUUCCAUGAAGUUAUGAAAAUUAUGUCUGUAUUUUUGUAAAAGGUGUGAAAGAAUGUGCUUGACUGGAGAAAAGGGGAGUGCUUUAAUAGUCGUCUAAGGUGCUGCAAUCUGCUGUGCAGAGUUGCCUCCCUUGAUUGAUCCAGAAACAUGGUGCAAGAUUCAGUUUGAUUCUGUUUAUGGGUUUAUCAACAUCGUACCUGUUCUUGUGAAUUUUACCAAAGUGGUAAAUAUCUGAGACCUAAUUAGGGAUUCCCUCCAACAUCAUGCUGAUACACCGUGAUAUAAAUAAGGAAUUUCAUUUCACUAUGAAUAGUGAAUAACAUACAUGAGAAAACCUCACAAAGAACUAGAUCAGAGCAUCACAACAGGUGGAUCUAAACUGGUAGAUGUCUGAUCUCCCCCACAUUGAGGGUCAUGUCUCUAGGGUCCAAUAGCUGUUACAGGAAGACAGGGCCACAGUCAGGGUUGACCAGUCAGUGAACAAUGAUGGCUCUGAAGAUGGCUCCCAACAUUCCAUCUGUGUUACAUGUCAUGUACUGUGCAUGUUGCAGACCAAAACUGACAAAUACUUCAGAUGUCUUCUUCUGUAAUUGAAAUAGUUUAUGGAGGAUAAAAUUGCCUGUUGGCUUUUAUCUAUUUUCCUUUCAUAUUGGGCUAGAACAAGGUAUUUACAUGUCUUAUAGACAAACCAACCCUAAAUCUUUUAAAAGUGAAAACAUGUUACUGUAAAAAUGCUGUUUGAGAAAGAAAAACAUUUUCUGCAUUUUUGUUUAAACUUUUACAGAUUCAAUUUUUUUAUGUUUUUGGGGUGUUUUUUUAUACUUCUUGAAAAUCAGUAAGAAAAGAAAAUGGAUCAGGAUGGUGUAGUACUUGAAACUUGUGGCACUACACACUGAACA